CGUGUGUUUGGAUAGUCUGCUGCAGCGUCUGCAUCCAGAAGAGUGGUUACUUUGACUGAGCGGUCUGGCUUGAUUGAGUCUAUUCAUUCCUCUCUGGUUCCCAGGAAAAGGAAAAAAAUAAAUAAAGAAAAUGUGAAAGAAUCUCUUGUUCACUUUCACAUUCGGAUGAAAGAUUCUGAGGUCUGAGGACAAACUUUCAGCUGAUCAGCAAUUCACCACUGGCUGCAGUGUAAACGUUUCAUAGACAUGCAGUUUCUGAUUCUGUGGGCCCUUUUGAGCGGGGUUCUUGCCGCCCCUUUCACGCAGGAAGAGGAGGCAAAGCAUUUCAUCAGGCUGAAGAGACAGUCUGGAUACUGGGAUCCAUACCACUCUCAGAACCAGUGGGGUUACACCAUUCAGGAACAGGCUAAUGAAUACUGGACAGCCAUUCGAACAGAUGCUCAGUACUAUAUGGACAUGGGUAACCUGAUGUUUGACCGUUCUGUGGCUGAUGAAAACAACAGGCUCUACAUGGAGAUGCUGCGUAAUGCACGGGCUCACCUGGACAGUCAAACGGGUCAACGCAGGUAGAAGACAGAGACGAUUAAGACCUGAAGGAUAUUAGAUCAAGAAAAAGUAAUACUACAGCCAAGCUCAGACAUUUAUCAUUAUAUAUCCUAAAAUGAUUUAUAUGUUGACCAGGUUCACAUUGUGUCCAAUUGAACUUGAAAUGUGUUAGCUUUGCAAUUACAUAAGAUCCUAUAACUGUAUAAUCUAAGUGUUUCUAAACAAUGUGCAGAUAAUGAGGCCUUGAUA